CACCUCCUCUUACCUUCUCCCCAGUCAAGCUUAUCAAACACAAACAGAUCAGGUUCAAUCCGCCGCUAACGAUGGCAUCACUCACCAUGACCGCCUCCUUCCUCACCGUCGCCCGGCCAUCAUCAGCUGACCGCCGCAAAUUCGCACCGGCAAAGACGACCGUUUGUUCCCAAAAGGUGGUCAUGCCGACGACCAGCAACAUCGAAGAGCCCAAGGAGAAGGAGAGCAACACCAGGAGAGGAAUUAUGCUUGCGGCAGCGGCGGCCAUAUGGGCGGCAGGAUCGGUGCCUGAAAUGGCGGCGGUGGCGGAGGAGCCGAGGCGUGGGACACCGGAGGCCAAGAAGAAGUAUUUUCCAGUGUGCGUUACUAUGCCAACUGCUCGUAUAUGCUACAAGUGAAUGUGUGAUGUUAGUUGAUUUGUUAUGGAUUGGUUGAUGGUUGUUAUAUUAUGUGAUGUUUGUUAUCUCUAUAGUUAUGGAUGUUGUUCAUGAAUUGAAGA